UACUACGCAGAGACUUUUCCGCUUUUGCGGACAACUUUGUCAUGAGGACCUCGUCCGGGCCAGUCGACGCCGAUCUUUCGCACAUCUACUCCGGUUACCUUGACGGCGAUGCGGGCAGCCACGUGUUCGGCUCUGUCGUCGGCGGCGUCUUCGAAGGCCGAAUCACCGCGAGCGACGGACGCGUCUUCUACGCCGAGCCGGCCUGGAAGUACGCGGGACAGCUGCCAGCGAACUCGGCCGGACACACAGUCUUCUACACGGCCAGCGACGUGCGCCUGCCGCCGCAGCUGGCUACGCACGGCGGAUGCGGGCUCGACAGGCUGCAGUCGCACCUAGCCGCUCAAGGGAUCGACCUGCGGACUCGCACGCGUCUCUUUAACAGAUCGCCAGUCACGCUUUGCGUCUUUGUGCACCUACGUGCGUCUUGUUACGUCUGUGUGUGCUGUCUGGCGCAAAUGCAGACACAGCGGAGUCGGAGUGCUUCUACGAGGCACUGGCGGAGAAGCGGCAGUCAUCGCCGAGUGCGCAGGUCGCCCGACUACGCCGACCCUCCUCCCGGGACGUAUGAGCCGAGGAACCGCAGUGGUCAAAAUCGGAGUGGGCAGCCACGCCUCGACGAAAACCGGCGCGUAUGCCACAUGCAGAUUGUGGUGGACCACCUGCUGUACGAGUUCUUUGCCGAUAACGUAGAUGACAAGACAGCCCGCGAACGAAUCACCGCCCUGGUGAGCUCGCAUAUCACAUCCACCAAUAUCAUCUACUCCACCACCGACUUCGAAGGCAUCAUCGGCCUGCGCUUUGUGCUUCAGGAUCUGAGAAUCAACGACACCAGAACGUGCGAGGAUUACAUGGCCCACAGGAACCCGUUCUGCCGCAAUGACUUGGACGCAACCUUGAUGUUGCACCUAUUCUCCUAUAUAGACCACGAUGAUUUCUGCCUGUCAUACGUCUGGACCAAUCGUGACCUGGGAGAAGGUACUUUGGGUCUCGCCUACAUUGGCAUUCCAAACGAACCCGGUGGCGCGUGCGAGAAGUUUCGCACGGUGACCACGCGCGAGGGCCGGAAGCGCCUGGCGCUCAAUACGGGCGUCAUCACCUUCCUGUUGCACGGCGGAUCCGUGGUUCCCUCUAUCAGCGAGGUCACAUUUGCCCACGAGAUCGGACACAGCUACGGAUCACCGCACGACGUAACGCCGGAAUGCAGCCCUGGCAGGCCCUUGGGCAACUACAUAAUGUUUCCGCGGGCCACCACUGGGCUGGAACCGAACAACAGGCGGUUCUCCACGUGCAGCAGGCAUAGCAUGGGGCAGCUGGUGCGUUCCAUCAUCGAAAACAAGGGAGACAGGGAGAACUGCUUCCUUGCUCACCAGGACUCCUUCUGCGGUAACAACGUGCGUGAGGACAAAGAGGAGUGCGACUGUGGCUACGAGGAGCGCGACUGCCGCGACCAGUGCUGCUACGCGCGCAAGAACUCAGUGGGCGCACCAGGAUGCACGCUACGCCCGAACAUGUUGUGCAGCCCGUCUUCUGGCAGUUGCUGCACGGAGGACUGCCACUUCCUCAACACGAAUCAUCGAUGCGCAAACGUGACCCAGUGCACGCAUGAGUCUUUCUGUGACAGCGUGGGAGCCCACUGCCCGGAACCGCUGCCCCUGCCGAACCUGACGGAGUGCAACCACGGCACACAGGUCUGUCGCAAAGGUCGCUGCGAGGGUUCCAUUUGCGAGAAGUUCGGCUACGAGGACUGCCAACAAUUGAGCACUGGUGCCCACAGCGGUGCGGAGAUGUGCCUCGUGUCCUGCAAGCGCAUAGGCACAGACGGCCCAUGCCUAGACACGUGCAAGGAACCCGCCCUGCUGUCGCUAUGUGGCAAAAGGAGGGAGGCCGGUGCCGCGUGCAACCAGAACCGCGGCUACUGCGACGUGUUCCACCGGUGCCGUAUUGUGGACGAGAAUGGGCCGCUGACACGCCUUCAACAGCUGCUCGUGCCAAACCGGGUGCGCGAGCUAAUCAAGCGAUAUACCUGGGUGGCGGCCCUGCUUGGUGUGCUGUUUCUGCUUGCUGUGCUGCUGUUCAUCCGCUGUUGUGCCGUGCUCACGCCAACAAACAACCCAAGGCUGCCCAAGGCCAAGACCUUCAAGGAAGGCAUGGAAAACCCUUGGAAACUUCUCCAGGUUCCGACUGUAUGAACCGGCAGAGCCGAAGCAAUUCUUCGAAUCACAGUUUUACGCUUAAAUCAGUUUAGGCGCUCGUGUUAAAAAGCCGUUGUAUUUGUAUAGUAGCUUAUGCCUAUUAUUUCGCUUUGUAAACUAGAACUGGCAAGACAUACUCGCCUAGACAGACCACCGCGCAGAAGAGCAAAGGAGGCCUAAUUUAUUCCCCGGACUUGCAAGUAUUUCUAUAGCGCCGACCGACCCAUUUGGUCAUAUUUUCUCAAAGCACUAAUACAUUUUGUACAUUUAUUGGCAAUUUUGCUUUUUAAAGAAGAGCACCAUAUUAGGAAUGAACUCGUUUGGCGACAUCCUAAUUUCAGAUUUGACGUUGUAAAGGCCGCUGUGGUUAUUUGUCGGGUAUGUGAGUCUGAUUGAGAAACAGACCCUGGCUAAGGCACAGUGUCACUAAAGGGAUAAUUUCGUGGUUCGACAGAGGUGAGAAUAAACCAACGUUCUCUCCAC